AUGGACUGUGACUCUGACUCUGAGGCUGUGUGGAACUUGGAAGAAAGACCAAGUAAAUCGAGUCGGGUUUAUCUUAGAGGAGACUCGAACGGCUUCUGCAAACAUACACCCCUUCAAGAGACCUGCCACACAGCUUUGUCAGCAACUAGAAUGGGACCCCUUGAGAGAAACCCGCUACCACCACCGUUCAACAAGGCCCGCCCUGGGGCCCCCAUUGUGGUGUCGCACAGAGCUGGAGGAAAUGAGGCGCCGGAGAAUACUCUGGCCGCGCUCAGACAUGCAGAGAAGGCGGGUUCGAAGUUGAUGCAAAUGGACAUUCUCCAAAUUGCUGACGGCACACCUAUUGUCUACCAUGAUCCAAGCCUCAAGCGAACGCACGGUAUGGACUUGGAGGUGAAGAAGAUUCCGACAGUGGCCGAUCUGCCUCCGUUUCCAGAAGUGCUCGAGCCAUGUCUAGCGAUUGGCGGAGCCAAGCCGAUUCACACCACGGCUUUCAAAUACGGACGGCGCAUCGCUCUUGUGAAGGAGCUGUUGGACGAGGCGGCACCUGAUACGUUUCUCCUUCUAGAGUUCUGGGAAGAAGACAAGGAACUGGUCGAGAAAGUGGUGCACAUGAUCAAAGAUGCUGGUCGCUCUGAGACGGUGAUACUGGGGAACCCUUUCAGCACGAAAACGUGGCAGUUUUGCAAAGAGGCUUUACCGGGGGUGUCCACGAUACUGCCCUUAAGUGAGGUAUUCAAGCUGUACGCUUACUACAUGUUCGGCCUCCUGUUCUGGUGGCGACCCCCGGCCCAAAACGUUGUGUUCAACAUUCCGUUGUUCACAACCGAUUGGCAUAUCGGCCUCGCCAAACCCCCGCCCCAAAGUACCUGGAAACAAAAGCUCGGGGUCUUCGCGUUCUUCCAGUUUUGCAACUUCAUGAAGUGGCUCUUACCGCGACCAAAGUUGUUCUCCUGGCUCCAGGAGCACGGGAUCCCGGUUAUGGUCUUCAUCCUCAAUCGACCUGUGGAUUGGGACUAUGCACUCAGUCUCGACGGCAUCUCUGCCAUCAUGACCGAUCACCCAAUGGCUUUGAAUGAGUACCUUAAAGCACGGCAGUUUAGUUAGCGGCAGGUGCGCGGUAAAGAAGAGCCAUACAAAGGACACCCUUCAACUUAGCUGUACAAUAUCAUUGAGUCCGGAAACUUUGUAGUCAUCGGUGCAUGCAUUCAUGCAGUGCACCCCGGCUUUAGCGCUAUGCGAAUCAUACGCAGCUCAAUUCCAUUCUUUACUGAGUCAAUGAAUCCGGCUUUGGACACUAUACUAGUUUAGUACUAGAAAUAAUUUUGAAAGGAAGCCUGAUGAUUUGGUCGCUCUGCGGGCAACAGCGAGUUCGACCAUCUUGAACGACCACGAAUGACCGUAACCAGGAUUCCGACUUACUAGGGUUUGCGUCAAACCUGAUACGUACCGGUGGACGUUGUACGUCGCAUACUGUCUCGCAC